AUACUUAUACUUUACUAUAAAAAAAAUAGUUAUUACUGCUUAAUUGGACGGAACUACGAAGCAACGGAGAUACAGUAGCUGUCCCUUGUUGUUGGUCUUAAAAUAUGAGACGAUCGUAGUAAUAUAAUAUCGUAUUUUACGAUUAGGUUAGGCAAAUACUAUAAAUGAUAUAGUAUUAUAGCAUUAUUAUAGUAUUUGGGUUAGGUUAUUAAUAUGAUCUAAAGACAGUUGGUAUUGGUACGAAAUAUUGACAUGUUUAUCGUCAGCGAAUUCGAAGAGGUCGUGAAGGUGCAGCCGACUCAUUUAGAAGAUGAUCAAAUGUCCCGGAUCAUCAUACAUCUCAAUUCGAUGCUUGCCAACAAAGUGGUAAUGGACGUCGGCUUGUGUCUGUCGUUAUUUGACAUCUUGGAAAUAGGUGAUUCGAUAAUAUACCCGAGUGAGGGAGCAUAUUUUUCCAAGGUGCGAUUUAGAUUCAUCGUAUUCAGACCGUUUGUCGAAGAAAUACUCAUUGGCAAAGUAAAGAGCUCCUGUUCUGAUGGAGCUGUACUAACGACCGGCUUCUUUGAAGACAUAUUUGUGCCGGCAGCAAACAUGCAAAACCCCAGUCGUUUUGACGCCAAAGACAAAGUGUGGGUGUGGGAAUAUGACAACUGUGGUGAUACAGUUGAGUUACACAUGGACAUUGGCGAGACAGUUAGGUUUCGUGUUGUUUCUGAGCAGUUUGUCGAUACUCAUCCAGGAGUGGACAGCGGGCUUUUAGACACUGGUGAGAUAGCCACUUCAAAAUCUAAAUCACCAUAUUCAAUUGUUGGAACAAUAAGAGAACCUGGUUUAGGAGUAAUUGGAUGGUGGACUGAUUUAUAAAUUGUUAAAUAGUUUUGGAUGUGCAUCAUAUAUACUUUAUCUCAUAUUGGCUAAAAUUUAAAAUGAUAUGCCUCCAGUGGCGCCGAACCUAUAACCCAAGAGGGGCAAAAGUAUUUCAGGUAUGUAGUCAUGUAUAUACAUAUAAAAUACGUUAUACUUGUUUGGCUGUUUAAAAACACUUGGUAAAUUAUAAAUUAAUACAUUUGACUUUAUAUUUGUUAAGUUAAACUAGUUGUGAACACUCAUUAGGAAUAAUAAAAUGAAAAUAGAUUAAAAAUAAGCCUCCCCAAAAUAUUUGAGCUAGUUACGCACUUGURCUACUAAAUAUUGCAGWUAAAAAAUUGUAAUUUAAAGUUGUUUGAACUAUGAAUAGUGCUUACUAUGUGUGAUUGUGGUUGAAAGAGUGGCAUCAUGAAUAAUUUAAAAGUAUUAGUCUACAAAGUGACUUUAGGUUGUUGAAUACUUGCAUGGGCAAAUCCCCCCACGUUUUUAUUUUGUAAACAGGGAUGAUGGUCCUUUUAACUUUUUACUUGCCCCCCCCCCUUUUAAAAUAUAGUUCGGCGCCACUGUAUGCCUCAAAUAAAUAAUUAAUUUAGAACAAACAAUGAUUUCAAUUUAAAUAGACUUAAUGUUAAGAAGAAUCUUGCUGCCUUUUGCUAUCUAAUUAAAUAAUAAAUGUUUCUACAAAAAAAAGAUUCAAUAAAAACAAAAAUUGUUCUUGAUCAAGCAAUACCUACUAUUGAAUCAGAUAAACAACCUUUUGCAGGAUGAUUCCCAUUUUUUUAAUAUUUCAAAUAAUUAGAAUUUCAAUUUCAAUAUUUUAUUAAAAAUAUACUAUAAUAUACAUAUAAUUUAUGCAUCGAUGCCUGUUUGUAACCAUUCAAUUUAAAAUGUAUAGAUUUGCCGUCAGUCAAGUAGUUGACUAUCCACCAGCUGUGUUAAAUCUAAAAACUUAAAAUGUAUGAUCUAUAUGUUUUGUAAUAUAUUUAAUCCACAAAUCUAAUACUAUAAAUAUAUAAAAGAAAACUUGUUCAUAGAACAAUAACUUCUCAGUUAAAUCGUUGAAAUGUGUUUUACUAUAUUUUAAUUAUCUUAAGAUAGCAUGCUAUUGUAUUGCCUUACUAUACAGAGUGUCACGCGAAGAUUUACCCAUCGCGAUAUCUCACAAAAUAAUGGAGAUAUUAAAAUUCUGGUUUUGUAAUAAGA